AUGGUACGAGGAAAGGCGAGAAUGUUUUGUGAAAAGUCAAAGGCGCCGCUGGAAAUUGGCAAAUGGGGUCACUAUUUAAUGCAUCUGGACUCGGCAGUUGUUGAAAACAGUCCAGUAUCAACGCGGGAGGGCCAAGUUUACGUAUACGAAAAUUAUUUCCCAGGCUACGUCAUUAAAUAUGUUCACGUUGAUAACGUUGCAAUAAAAUCAUGUGGCGCGAGUGCAUCGAUAAAGCAAGGUGGAAUAGGCAGUUCGUCCAUUCUUAUUGUGUUGCAUGCUGCGACCAACGAAGAUAUCCGCACAGUUAUUGAUAUUUGGGGCACCAAACGUCAAGAGAAAACUAAAGGUCCCUUGCAAAAUCCAAGCAGUUCCAAAAACUUUAAAUCCUUGUAUCUCUUUAAGGACUUGCGUAUUGUUAAUCACAACAAUGGUUAA